UGAAGGGUGAAACAAAAAGAAAGGAAAAGAGAGAAACGAAUUUGACGUUUAACUGAUUCAGUUCUAGAGUCACCACAAGCAUGCAAGAGGCUCGCGAGAAAUUUGGGUUUCUUUCUUUCAUUUCUAAAUUUAAUAUCUUGAAAGGAAAGGAAGUUCUGUUACAGUUGAAAAGUGAGAGAAUGAGAGCUUGAGCCUAAUUUGAUAUCUGGGAGAAAUACUUGAUAUGUGGGUUUACAUGUUAGAUCUGGAAAUUGGCGUGUCGUUCAAAUAUGCUGGACUACUCCUCGUCCUUUUGAUGCAGUUCUGGAUUUGCUCAUUAACUGCGGAUCUCAGUUUCGAUCUUCUUUAAGAAGCAGUGAUAAUAAUUUUGGUCUUUGUUUUUUUUUCUUUUUCUUUUUGAUACUCUAGUCUUCUGAGAGAGGGAAAAUGAGGGAAGUUGUGAUAGUCGCAAUUUCUUCUACACUUGGGAAUAUGUUGAUCGGGUGGGAUAGUUCUUCCCUUGCAGGGGGCAUGUCUUACAUCAAGAAAGAAUUCACGUUAGAUCCCAAAAUGGAAGGAAUGAUUGUCUCCAUGACGUUCCUUGCCGGAACAGUGAUGACGACACUCGCAGGAACGGCCAGCGACAUGUUCGGACGACGUACGAUGCUAAUAAUCUCGUCAGCAACAUUUAUCUUGAGCGCUCUGGUAAUCCUAUGGGCUCCUAACGUUUACGUAAUUCUAAUCGCGAGGUUACUGAGCGGCUUGGCCAAUGCCCUCGCCGUCACUCUCACUCCUCUCUACAUAUCGGAGAUCUCACCGCCGGACAUCAGGGGCCUACUCACGACGGCGACGCAGUUUUCUUGUUCAUCCGGAAUGUUCUUGGCUUACUGUUUGGUAUUUUCCAUGUCGUUAAUGGAGUCGCCUAGUUGGAGAAUCAUGCUUGGGAUUAUUGGUCUACCUGCUUUGGCUUAUUUCCUGGUUACUGUGUUCUAUCUUCCUGAAUCUCCUCGCUGGCUUGUCACCAAAGGUCGACUUGGUGAUGCCAGGACGGUCUUGCAACGUAUCCGUGGCACUCAGGAUGUUUCAGGCGAGUUAGCUUUGUUAGUGGAGGGUCUAAGCCCGGGGGGUGAAUCCACAAGCUUAGAAGAAUACAUAGUAGCACCAGCCAGCGAAGUGACUGUUCCCAUGGAAGCCACCAGAGAUUGUAUCAAACUAUACGAGCCCAACGAAGGAGCCUUAUCAAUGGUGGCGGCUCCAGUAAAUGCACAGGGAAGCGGCAUGGUGUUGUCACGGUCCGUAUCUCGCCAAGCAAGCAUCAGCCAAAGCCCUAAUAUUAUCAAGGACCCAAUCGUCAAUCUCUUCGGAAGCAUGCACGGCGACAACGCCUCCGAGACCCCCGUGCAGGGAAGCGGCCUCAACCUCACUGAACCCACCGGAACCAGCGACUACCUUCAGCUUCACACUCCAUUGUUACUCUCACGCCAAGCUAGUGCCACAGACAGGUCUCAGGCAGUCGUAAACAAGAACACAGACAUAGGUGGAGGAUGGCAAUUGAUGUAUAAAGAAGCAGGUCAUCACCAGUAUCAGAGAGUGUAUUUGCAUGCAGAGGCAGGAGGAGGAGGAGGGGUUGGGAUUUCACAGUCACAAAGAGCUUCGUUUAUUUCGGGUUCAGGGUUGGAUUUGACUAUGGAGGGGGAAGCGGCGGCGUUCCCGGCGUCGGCACUGGUGAGCAUGUCGGCUCUUGGGACUAGCAAGGACGUAGCCAAAGCCAUGAAUGAUAUAAAUACUGUUAAACCCAAUGCUUGGACACCCGGCGUCAGGCGUGCCUUGGUUGUUGGAAUUGGACUUCAAGUUCUUCAGCAGGCCGCUGGCAUAAAUGGGUUUCUGUACUAUGGACCUCAAGUUCUUGAGAAGGCAGGAAUAGGCGCUCUUCUCGCCAAUUUGGGCUUUUCUGCAACAUCUGCCUCGUUACUUGUUAAUGUCGUCAUCACAUUCUGCAUGCUUCCUUGUAUAGGUAUUUCCAUGAAGCUCAUGGACAUUGCGGGCAGAAGGUCAAUAAUGCUGUACACAGUGCCCAUUCUGAUAGUGUGUCUGGUGGUGCUCGUGGUACGUGACUACAUGCACCUAAGUUCUGUGGUGAACGCAGCGAUAACUGCUCUGAGUGUAAUAGUGUACGAGAGCGUAUUCUGCAUGGGAUUUGGAGUGAUUCCCAACAUCAUGUGUGCAGAAAUCUUCCCUACCAGUGUUCGAGGAAUCUGCAUUUCUAUAUGUUGUGUUUCGUUCUGGAUCUCAACCUUGAUCCUCACUUCUGUUUUCCCUUCGUUGCUUCAAUUGGUUGGUCUUUCUGGUGUGUUUGGAAUGUUUGUUGUUGGGUGCAUCGUGUCUUGGCUCUUUGUUUACUUCAAAGUCCCUGAAACUAAAGGCAUGCCUCUGGAAGUCAUCACUGAGUUCUUCGCCAUUGGUGCUAGCCCUAGUUCUGAUAUUUCUACUUUUGCUGGAACCGGAAACUGAACUCGUCCAGUUCAUCGUGUGAGUGUGUCGUUUGAUUGAGAAGAGUGAUGUACGUAAUCUUCUUUUCUUUCCGUAACUGUACAAGGCACAAUUGAUCUAUGUAUACAUAUAUGACUCGACAUCUGAUGAUGAAGUUUUUUGGAACAUUGGUA